GGGGCGGGUGGCAUUUGUGGUCAGAAGCUCACAGUUGGGCUCUGGAGGGGAAAUGGGAGAGAUUAUGGUCUCUGCAGGAUUUCCUGUGAGCUGGUGGGGUGGUGGAGGCUGUAACUUCUCCGAGGCCAUGUGAUGAAGAGGGAAAAUCAAGCUCCCUGACUCAAAGACCAUGGAGCUAACUCACCUUCUGCCUGCGCUGGCCUGUCUCCAGCUACUUCCCUGGCUGGUCUCCCCCACAGCCCCAAAUCCAGCCCCAGCCUUCUCCAUAGACCCCCAGAAGGAUGAGUACCUGCUCGGAGACACUGUGGCUCUCACGUGCUCUGCUCCCCAUCUGAGGGAUCCCGUGACACAAUUCCAGUACUACAGCAACAUGGGAUCAGCUGUUACAUCUACAGUGUCCUCCGGCUGGAAAGAAACCUACAACCUCAACAUCACAGACCUACAAUGCGCGGGGGAGUACAUCUGUGUCUAUUACACGGGCAAGACAUAUCCUUUCAACAAGUCCAGGGAGAGCAACCGUAUCACCAUCAAAGUCAAAGACCCCCCUCCGCAGCCAACGUUGAGUGUGAAUCCCCCACCCAGAGAGGUGAAUGAAGGGCACCGCCUCGUCAUCACCUGCACAGCCCCUGGGGAUGCCUCAGAGCGGAGGUUCCACUUCUACCAGCAUGGAGCUGAGAUCAUCCCCGGAGAUGCAGGGUCUGCGACCCACAUCACGGCACCCGGCACCGUACCUAGGAACGUCGCCGUGCUGAGCAUCCCGCGGGCGGAUACCAACAGCUCUGGGGAAUACUCCUGCGGGUACGAGGAGAAGGACAGUGGGAGAUGGAUUCCCUCCACCAGGAGCCAGGCUGUGAUGGUCACCUUGAAAGACCCCCCUGCAGAGCCGAUGUUAAGUGUGAACCCCCCAUCCAGAGAGGCGAAUGAAGGGCACCCUCUCGUCAUCACCUGCACGGCUCCCGGGCACGCCGCGGAGCGGAGGUUCCACUUCUACCAGCACGGAGCAGAGAUCGAGGCAGGGUCCGAGACCCAUAUCACAGCGCCCAACACCCCACCUUGGAACGUCGCCGUGCUGAGCAUCCCGCGGGCGGAUAACAACAGCUCUGGUGAAUACUCUUGCGGGUACGAGGAGAAGGACAGCGGGAGAUGGAUUCCCUCCACCAGGAGCCAGGCUGUGAUGGUCACCUUGAAAGGCCCCCCUGCAGAGCCGACAUUGAAUGUGGACCCCCCGUCCAAAGAGGUGAAUGAAGGGCACCCCCUCUUCAUCACCUGCAUGGCCCCCGGGGACGCCCUGGAGCGGAGGUUCCACUUUUACCAGCACGGAGCCGAGUUAAAGGCAGGAGCCGAGAAAAACAUCACGUCACCAGACACCUCACCUUGGAACGUCGCCGUGCUGAGCAUCCCGCGGGCGGAUACCAGCAGCUCUGGGGAAUACUCCUGCGGGUACGAGGAGAAGGACAGCGGGAGAUGGAUUCCCUCCACCAGGAGCCAGGCUGUGAUGGUCACCUUGAAAGGCCCCCCUGCAGAGCCGACAUUGAAUGUGGACCCCCCGUCCAAAGAGGUGAAUGAAGGGCACCCCCUCUUCAUCACCUGCAUGGCCCCCGGGGACGCCCUGGAGCGGAGGUUCCACUUUUACCAGCACGGAGCCGAGUUAAAGGCAGGAGCCGAGAAAAACAUCACGUCACCAGACACCUCACCUUGGAACGUCGCCGUGCUGAGCAUCCCGCGGGCGGAUACCAACAGCUCUGGGGAAUACUCCUGCGGGUACGAGGAGAAGGACAGCGGGAGAUGGAUUCCCUCCACCAGGAGCCAGGCUGUGAUGGUCACCUUGAAAGGACCCCCUGCAGAGCCGAAGUUGAGUGUGGACCCCUCGUCCAGAGAAGCAAAUGAGGGGCACCCACUCGUCGUCACCUGCACAGCUCCCGGGCACGCUGCGGAGCGGAGGUUCCACUUCUACCAGCACGGAGCAGAGAUCGAGGCAGGGUCCGAGACCCACAUCACAGAGCCCGACACCGAAGCUAGGAACAUCGCCGUACUGAGCAUCCCGCUGGCGGAUACGAACAGCUCUGGGGUAUACACCUGCGGGUACGAAGAGAAGGACAGCGGGAGAUGGAUUCCCUCCACCAGGAGCCAGGCUGUGAUGGUCACUUUGAAAGGCCCCCCUGCAGAGCCGACGUUGAGUGUGGACCCCCCGUCCAGAGAGGCGAAUGAAGGGCACCCCCUCAUCAUCACCUGCACGGCUCCCGGGGUCGCUGCAGAGCGAAGGUUCCACUUCUACCAGCAAGGAGCCGAGCUCGAGGCAGGAGCCGAGAAGCACAUCACGGCGCCUGACACCCCACCUAGGAACGUCGCCGUGCUGAGCAUCCCGCGGGCGGAUACCAACAGCUCUGGGGAAUACUCCUGCGGGUACGAAGAGAAGGACAGCGGGAGAUGGAUUCCCUCCACCAGGAGCCAGGCUGUGAUGGUUACCUUGAAAGGCCCCCCUGCAGAGCCGACGUUGAGUGUGGAUCCCCCGUCCAGAGAGGCGAAUGAAGGGCACCCCCUUGUCAUCACCUGCACGGCACCCUGGGACGCUGCAGAGCGGAGGUUCCACUUCUACCAGCACGGAUCCGAGAUCAAGGCAGGGUCCAAGACCCACAUCAUGAUGCCAGACACCCCACCUAGGAACGUCGCCGUGCUGAGCAUCCCGCGGGCGGAUUCCAACAGCUCUGGGGAAUACUCCUGCGGGUACGAGGAGAAGGACAGCGGGAGAUGGAUUCCCUCCACCAGGAGCCAGGCUGUGAUGGUUACCUUGAAAGGUGUCACGUCGUUGCCCAUCCCCCUGGUGGCGGGGGCUGCAGCUGGUGUGCUGGCUCUGGUUUUACUUCUACUCCUCCUCUGUCUCUGUGUGAGGAAAAGGAAAGGCUCCAGGUGGUCGAUAAACAGAACCAAGAAGGAUGGCUCCAUUGGCAGUUACUCGCCGAUACCCCUGGCAUCAAUGAACCCAGACACUUUUUAGCCUCUGCGGGAACCCACACCGCUCUUUCCCACCCUGCUGCCUUAGUUUUCCCUCAACGUGUCAUAAGGUUAAUGAAGAGCCAUGAAGCUUACGACGCUGAGGUCUCCGUCUCACGAGUGGUCACGUGCCAGGUCUCCUGCCCACUUCGGGGUGAGCAGAGAACCCCUUGUGCCGAAAAUGUCCCCAACCCAAUGAAAUAAGAUUGCGUCUCUUUACUUGUCGCAGAGAGUCUGGGAGUGUUUGCGAGGAAGGAGGACGUUUCGAUUCUCCUAACGUUUCAGCAGAUCUCCCUCCUUUGCCAUGAGGAUUGAAGACGAUGUGAAUCACUGUAAAUUCCCUG